GUUUGGUGUGCACAAAUAUCCCCACUUACUCCCACAGCAAAUGUCGGAUCUCUCUUGUUGGUGACAUUUUUAGAAGCCUAGACACCAGCACAUUUUACAUCUCCCCUGAAGCCUGAGCACUUUAAACAUUGCUGAAACAAAAACCUUGCCAUUUCCACAAUCAACAGAAAAUGCAGCUGUUUAAGCGUUACCUUUGUGCUGCGCUGCUCCUAAUGCAGUUUGGGCUGCAUCUAUUAGCUGCCUCUGAGAGCAGCUGUCCGGCUUUUGCUGGGGUGCCAGGCACACCUGGAUACAACGGCAGCCCUGGCAGGGAUGGAAGAGAUGGGGGUCCUGGACCAAAAGGAGAAAAGGGAGAUCCAGGUGUUGGUGCACAGGGACCUCCAGGGAAAAUGGGUCCAGUAGGUCCCAUCAGCCCCACAGGAGAGAAAGGAAAUCCAGGGCCACCAGGUGCUCCUGCAGACAGCAGUUUAAUUACAAAUCUUCAAUCAGACAUUAGUCUUCUAACCAACAGGCUCACUGUCAUAGAAAAAGACAUGGAGGCUGGCAAUAGAUUAAUAACAAAUCUUAAAUCAGAGGUCAACCAUCUAACUGACAGACUCAGCGGAAUAGAGAAAACUUUAAGGUUUCGCAUAUUUAAGAGUAUUGGAGAGAAAUACUACGUGUCUAAUGGGCUGGUGGCAAAUUUUGAUGAUGGAUCAAGAUUCUGCACUAAUGCUGGAGGAAAAAUUGUCCUCCCAACAAAUGAAGAUGAAAAUAAAGUGUUAUCUUCAAUACAUGCUGACCUUAAAUCUACCUAUAUAUGGAUUGGGACAACAGACAAAGAGAAUGAGGGGACUUUUGUGGAUUUGGACAACCAACCUCUAACUUUCACCAAAUGGAAAAAAAAUGAACCGAACAAUUAUAAGGGGGCAGAGGACUGUGCUGCACAUCACAGUGAUGGUGUAUGGAAUGACAUUCCUUGUGACUCAAAAUGGAAUGUAGUGUGUGAACUACAACACAAAUAAACAUGUUUAUUUUAAGAAUGUAAACAUGUAUUAUAUAAAUAAACAGUUUAAAACAUGAA